AUGGGUGAGUUAACCCGAAUUUACCGAAUAAUACAAAGUGAUAUUAUUAAGGAUAAUGUAAAAGAAGCAUUUGAUACUUUUAACAUUCAUUACAACAAUGUAAAGGAUAUAAAAGGUUUUCAAAAUUUCACAGUUGGUGUAAUUAGCACUUUGGCACAAAAACUUCAAUCUCAAUUAACUAAUCAAAAAAUACAAUCUGAAAAUAGCGCUAAUUAUAUAAUUCAGUUUGCUGAACAUUGUCUCAAAUUGCUGGCUUUGUCUGAAUUGCAACCAUUGGAAAAUAGUUUAUAUGUAUUUAUCAGAUAUUUACUUUUGAAUAAUCAUGUGAGUAGAGCUGUUAAUUUUAGUACUUAUCUUUUAAACAAAUCAUCUCCAACUUGUGUUAUUCUGAAGGAUUUAGUUCCGUUAUUUGCACAUUACAUACAUAAGACAUGUCCAAUUGAUGAUAAUUUGAAGAAGUUAAAUGUUAUAUUAGUGUGGGAUACCGUAUUAAACUUAGUAAAAUGUUAUACUGAAAAAGAAAUUGAGUAUGCAUUGUGUUCAUUAAAAAUGCUUACAAAAAAUAUCAAUGGAUCGAUAUUACAUGAGGAUCGAUCUAUGGAUUUAGUUAUUUUAGAUAUGACUUUGGAAUCGGUGUUGUCUUCUAGUGUUUUUAGAAAAAAAAGUGAUACUGCAAAUAUAACAAAUUUAUUUUCUAUGUUAAUUGAAAAUAUUGCAGCAGUUAUGCAAAACAUGAUGCAGCGUAAACAGAUGCAUGUACAUUUUUUAAUUAAGCAUCUUGAAUUAAUAAUGGAUAUUUGUUUUUUAAAUCCUAUUGACAAAGAAGCACUCUCAUUUUUCAUACCAUUAUUCAAGUUUAUUGAUAAUUCAGUUAAAAAUGGUCUCAAUUCAAAUUUAGAACUCAAAAAAAUGAUUGAUUUUGUUCAAAAGUAUGAAUGUGUCACUGUAUUACCCAAUACAAUAUUAUAUUAUGUGUUUAAGAUUGCCAUUGUUACUAUUAUAAAACUAAAAAAUGUAUGGUUUGAAAAAUUGAUCAUUCAUUCUUCUAAUGCAGUUUCACUAGUAUUUAAAUUAUUACAGCAUUUAGUUUGUUUGAGUAAACACAAUCAAAUUGAUAAGUUAUGCUGUAAGAACAGUAAUUGCAAUCUCAAUGAGGAUUCAAUAUCAGAAAUGAAUUUGAUUAAUGUUGCUUUUAUUAUGGCACGGCACAUAAUAACUACAAAUGAUACAUUUUUAAAUACAGAAGAUCUCCUAAAGUGGAUGGAAUUGUUUACUUCACUAUUCGAGCGAAUAAGUAAAUCAAAUUGUUCAAAUAGAAUUCCAUUUUUUGAAUUUUCAUUAACAAGUAUUUAUAAUCUCUGUACUUCUAAAACUUCUGACAAAUUAACAUAUAUAAAUUUGAAUUUUCUUGAAAAUGUAUUAUUAAUACUUGAUCCUAAUGGUCUUGAUCCAGAUCUUGUGGCUCGUGUUGCAGUUCUCUUAUCUCAGUAUUUGUACAAAACAAACAAAACUGAUGAAGCUUUAAGUUGUAUUGCUUAUUGGUGUGUACGCACUCGUUCUGAAUUAACUGCCAAGCAAUGGGUUUAUCUUAAAUGUAAGGAAGAAAUUAAUUCACGUCCUAUUAAACAUACAAUUUUGAAUAUGAUUAAAAUUAAUAAUGAAUCUAAACAAAAAUGGCCAGAAUACAGUUUAAAAAAGUCAGACCAUAUUGAAAUAAUGUGGUUAGAAUUGAAAGCACAUAAUAAUCAAAAUAAAAUAAAAAAAGACAUUACUGCCGUAUUAGAAUUAUUUAAUGAAUUAAUUGGCUCUAAACUAUCAAGAGAAUUAAAGUGUCAAGUCAUUAUUACAACUGCUUUUAUAAUACUUCAUUCAAAUAGUAUAGAUAGUUUAAAAACUAUAAUUGAUGUAUUGGAAGACUACAUUCGUAAAUUAGAAGUAGAAAUAUUACUAGAAAAAAAGAAUAUGCCAUUGAUGUUGGGUAAUUUAUAUUAUGCACAUUUCAUAUGUUUAUUUAAGCAUUUACAGAACCUCGUUUGUAAAGAAUUGGAUUCAUAUUCUGAAGAGCGAUUGGAAUCUGGUAUGGAGCAACAUAAUGGUAUACAGUAUCAACCAAUGUCUUGGAUAUUGCCGUUAAAAAUUAAACCAAAACUAUUUAAUUGUUUAAAUUUGGCUGUUCAGAAUUGGUCUACUUUAACAAAUGAUUCAAUUAAAGAUGAAUAUGACAUUAAAAUACUGUACAAAAGUCUUCAAGAAGUUGCUUUUAUAUUUAAACUACAUUGUGAUCCAAAAGAAGUGGAAGUUUGGAAACUAUUGUUUAAAUUAGCAUCUACCAAGAAAUGUCACAAACAUAUUUUUAUUGCACUUUCUGAAUUAGUAAAAAUUGGUGAAGUAGAUAUUUUGGAAUUGGAUAAUUUAACUACCUACCUACCUAAAAUGCUUAUUGAUUAUAAAUUGAUAUUAGCUACUUCUCUCUUAAACCAAUUAAAAUUUAAUGAUGCAAAAAUAUUAUUAGAGAAUAUUGAUGAUGGAGAAGUAAAUAAAAAUGUUUUAUUAAUGGCUGAAUAUUUGUAUCUGAAAAGUCGUUUAUGUUUUGAAUCAGGAAAAUUUGACAACAUUGGAUGUCUCUGUAUAUUCAUUGAAGCUUACAAUCUUGCACAUAGUCUUAUUAAAAGACUUGAUUCUUUCUAUGAAUAUUUAGCUAUGCAUUUUGUAAUUUUAAAUAUAUGUUCAUAUUUGAAUUUAAUUUAUAUAAAUUCUUUCAAACCAGUUGAAGCCCGUUGUUUUUUAAAAGUUCAAAUGAAUAUUGUAUUGAAGUCUGUUUUAAGUAAGAGAGCAUUAAAUGUAUUUUUAAUGAAUUGUUGGAAUGAAUUAAUGUGUUGCAAUUUUGAAAGCGCCAAUCAACAAUUUGAACAUGUUAUGACUUUACUCGAUUUUAAGGAAGAUGAGUUUGAUUCAAAAUUGCAAAAAUUAACUAUGAGUCGUUCUCCAAAUAUUUCGGCUUCUCCGUUAUCAGAUUAUCGAUGCAUGCCAAGCCCUAGAAUGAACAGAUUGGCAUCUCCUUCCUUAAAACGGUUUAAUAAUAAAAAUACACAAAUUAGUAUUGCUGAAUUUUGUAAUGGUGUCAUUUCUAGUAAACAAACACACGAUCCAAUUUUAAUACAUUCAGUAAUGGACGCAUGCACUUUUAAAGCGGUUUACUGUUCCAAAACCAAUCAACAAAAUAUAGCUGAAAAUUAUUUUAAAUUGGUGUUUAAAUUAAUGAAAUUGUCUUUACCACAGUUUAAUAAGAAUGAAGUAUAUAAUAUUUUAAAAACUAGACAACAUUCAUUAGCCAAAUACCAUUAUACAGAACACUUGGUUCUUUUCAAUAAUUUAUCUAAAUCUUUAGAUUACAUACAAAAAUCUAAAGAAUCGUGUCAUGAUAAAACAGUAUUAUUGUCCUUGAAUGAAUUGAGUAUUUCACUUAAAAUUAAUAAAAUAAUGAGCUAUCCUGAUUCAAAUGUUAUUCAUUCACCUGUGGCAGAAUCCAAUAAAUAUGAAUUUAAGACACCUGCAACUACUAAAACUAGAGUGAAUACAAAAUUAAAAGAAAUACCGCGAUUUGUUACUCCAACUGUAAGAAAAUUAAAAAUGACUUUAGAAAGUCCAAAAUCAAGAGAAAAUAAAAUUAAGUCACCUUUGGUUAGAGUAACUGAAAAAAAUAAAAAAGAUUCAACUGCUAAGAAAAAAAGUGGAAAAGAAAACAUUAUCAAGUCUGAAAUAAAACAAGAUGUUGAAAUAACAGUAAAAGUGAAAAGAAGUACAAGAAAAAAAGAAAUUACUGAACCAUUAUUAGCUAUUAAAACUCGUUCUAAUAGACUGAAUAUUUAGAUUGGGCUAUACAUAUUAUUCUAUACAAUAAUAUCAUUUUGAAUUAAGAACAAUAAUUUAAAACUAAUAAGAUGUAAAUUCUGUUUUAUUAAUAUUAUAUAGUUUUAUAUGUCUAUUUGUUUACAUUAUUAUUUUUUAUUAUAUUACAUUUCAAAUUAAAAUUAAAAUUAAACAUUUUUAAAUACAAUCAAUUUUUUUUUUUAUCAGUAUAAAUGAUCAAAUCAACAAAAACGUAAAAAUAAUAUAUUAUAUAUAAUUUGUACCUAGGCCAUGGGUAAUUUAGUUGUUUAAAGAUGUUUUUAACUUUUAAAUAUUAUAAUUUGUUAUCAAGUUACUAAGUACACAUAAAAUACAAGACGAUUUAGAAAACUUUAAAAUAAUGAUAUAGGAACCUAUUAAUAUUAAGUAUGUAUAUUAAAUAUAAUAAAUGCUAUAACUUAUAGAUACAUUUUGUAAAUAG